UUUUAUCUCAUUUUUAUAUAUAUUUAAAUUAUUUACAGAAAAUUCCAUCAUUUCAUUGAAGGGAAGAAGAAAUUAAAAUAAAUUAUUUGUUUUGUUUGCUCUGUUUGUGGCGAAAAUGGAUUUGCGGACCAAUUCUCGGACCACAACCGGAGUCGAGAAGAUUGAAAAGAUUGAGAAAAUGGAAAACGAGAAAAUCAAAUUCAAUAUCGACGGCAUCAUUGCAUCCCAUCAUAAUUCAGUGAGCACUCGUGACCCAACGCCGACAACCACUACAUCACCUCUUCAUCUCCAUCCACACCAUCACCACAACAGCACCAGUAAUGGUACGCCUCCUCAGCCACUCUCGCAGAUCAGUCAUCCACUGCCGCAUUCAGUGCUAAGUCCGGCCAAUCUGUCCCAUAUGUCGGGUCCCUUCUCUCCAUUUCAAACGGCAGCUGUCAGUAAAUUAUUGGGUCGCUAUUACGAGGCGUCGUCGGGCGCGUCGGCGGCCGCACUGUUUCGGUCGCCAAAUCACUCGACAGUCAUCGGCGGCUCAAAGCCAAAGGUCGCGACACCCGUUGUGGUCAAUAAGAUUGAACAAUACAAGAGAGAGAAUCCGACAAUCUUUGCCUGGGAAAUACGCGAACGACUUAUCAGCGAA